UUGCGUGUGGCUCGCAGUUGCUUCAUCUGAAAAUGUGAGGUUGUGCUGGGGGAGAACUCGUGAAGGAGGGGUGGGGGAGAAAAUUAUAUCUCCCUUUGUGGAAGAAAUGCAGUCCGUCAAGGUUUCUCCUGUGUCGUUCGUAAAGAGCUCAAGUCGAACUCCCCUUCCGCUGGGCGCGCAUUGUCGGAAAUAACAGAAGCAAAUGGUUUUUAGUCUUUUGCUAAUUCGUUUUGCCUACAGGACCGACGUUAUGAUGAGACGGAGAUUAACACCAGUGCAGAUAUUACAACAUGCAAAUCCGCGUCUACAGUGAAAGUUUGCCCACAGUUCCGAGGGAAGGUGGUUUGGUUAUUAACCGGUCAAAGAAUUUCACGGGAGCCGCACGUGUGAAAAUUCGGCUUGUUCACGACUGAGUCUUGGAUUUUACCUGUAACACCGGCGUGUUUUUUCCACAAUGAAGCGGAGACAGAAGCGUGUGCUUCAGAUGGCGUUUUUAUUCAUGGUCGCUUUGAUUUUCCUUCCGAACAUCGGUCUGUGGUCACUGUACAAGGAGAAACACCUGAUGAAGUCGCACGAAGCGGGAGAGCAGGGUUUUCCCAUAGGCCUCAACGAAGGGCAGGUUUACACCUGGACCGACGGCCUGAAGAGGAGAGACUGGCACGACAACGAGAGCAUCAGGAGAGAUGAGCUGCGUGCCGGUAAAGGGGAGCAAGGCAAGCCAUAUCCACUGGGGGAAGAUGAAUGUGACGACUCCGUGUACAAGGAAAAUGGCUUCAACAUCUAUGUCAGUAACAACAUCGCCUUGGACCGCUCUCUUCCGGACAUAAGACACCCGAACUGCAGGCAGAAGCUGUAUCUGGAGAACCUGCCCAACACCAGUAUAAUAAUUCCGUUCCAUAACGAAGGCUGGUCAUCCCUGCUGCGAACAGUGCACAGCAUCGCCCACCGCACACCCGACCGCCUCAUCGCCGAGAUCAUCCUCGUGGACGACUUCAGCGACAGAGAACACCUGAAAACGCGCCUGGAGGAGUACAUGGCCAGGUUUCCGAAGGUGCGCAUCGUCAGGACCAAAAAGAGGGAGGGGCUCAUUCGCACCCGUCUGCUGGGAGCCACAGUCGCCAAGGGAGAGGUCUUGACCUUCCUGGAUUCCCACUGCGAGGCUAACAUCAACUGGCUCCCACCUCUGCUCGACCAGAUCGCUCAGAACCCGCGGACCAUCGUGUGCCCCAUGAUCGACGUCAUCGACCACAACCACUUCGGGUACGAGGCGCAGGCCGGGGACGCCAUGAGGGGCGCCUUCGACUGGGAGAUGUACUACAAGAGGAUUCCCAUCCCCCCCGAGCUGCAGGGCCCCGACCCCAGCGAGCCGUACGAGUCCCCAGUGAUGGCUGGGGGGCUCUUCGCUGUAAAUCGGCAGUGGUUCUGGGAGCUGGGGGGCUAUGACACGGGGCUGGAAAUCUGGGGAGGGGAGCAGUAUGAAAUCUCCUUCAAGGUGUGGAUGUGCGGUGGCAGCAUGUACGACGUGCCAUGCUCCAGAGUCGGUCACAUCUACAGGAAGUACGUUCCCUACAAAGUGCCAUCUGGAACAAGUCUGGCGAGGAACUUGAAGCGCGUGGCGGAGACCUGGAUGGACGAGUACACGGAGUACAUCUACCAGCGCCGGCCCGAGUACCGCCACCUGUCCCCCGGGGACCUGACCGCUCAGAAGGAGCUGCGGAAGAGCCUCAAAUGCCGGGACUUCAAGUGGUACAUGACCACCGUGGCCUGGGACUUGUCCAAAUACUACCCCCCUGUAGAGCCCCCGCCGGCCGCCUGGGGAGAGAUCCGGAACGCGGCGUCUGGCCUGUGUGUCGACAGCAAGCACGGGGCCACGGGGACAGAGCUGCGGCUGGACACCUGCCUGAAGGAGGGAGCCGAGCGCACCUGGGCGCACGAGCAGAUCUUCACCUUCGGCUGGAGGGAGGACAUAAGACCGGGGGACCCUCUGCACACCAGGAAGUUCUGCUUCGACGCCAUCUCCGGCAGCAGCCCGGUGACGCUGUACGACUGUCACGGCAUGAAGGGCAACCAGCACUGGCGUUACACCAAGGAUAAGUCUCUGCAGCACUUGGUGAGCGGCGGCUGCAUGGACUCCAGCCCCAGCGAUAAGAGGAUUUUCAUGAACAAGUGCAACCCGUGGUCAGAGACGCAGCAGUGGCUGUUCCAGCACGUCAACGUCACGGUGCUGGACAAGUUCAACAGCCCCGCCAGCUCCUAGGGUCGCUGCCCCCCCCUUGCUCCCACCC